AUAUCACCAUACUGCUUGCAUGAGUGUAAUUUAUGGUUUAAGAGAAUCUUUAUCUAUUCUUGCAAAAGAAACUUUAGUAAACUGCUGGGAGAGACAUAAAUUAUGUGCUCAAUAUCUGUAUAAUACUUUGGAAGAAAUGGGGUUGGUUUUAUUCAUAAGAGAUGAGGUAUAUCGUUUACCAUCUGUCACAACAGUAAAAAUCCCAGCUGGAAUUGAUGGACAACACAUUGUUAGAGAGAUGGAGGAAAAGUAUGGAAUUUGUAUAGCUGGUGGCUUAGGAACUACUGCUGGAAAAGUAUGGCGCAUCGGCUUGAUGGGUUACAAUUGUAAUGAAGAGAAUAUUAAAAAAACUUGUGAAGCUUUAAAAAAAUGCAUUGAAAGUAGUAAACUAACCAGUUCACUUUGAAUUAUAGAACUGCAAAUUUUACUGCAAUGGUUUUAUUUUUGUAUAGAAUAUAUGGAGGAAAUUUAUAAAUGUUUGUUACAUUUUAAUAAAUUAUUUAUAUCAUUCUG